UCAUCUUACUACCAUCUCACCACCCAAGAUAAUCACCUGGUGACAUUUUAGUGACCAGCCUUCCUUUCAGUCUUGUCUCAGGCUCCACGCACGGUUCUACGAGCUGGCCCCCAACCUCGUCCCAAUGGACUACCGGAAGAGCCCUAUUGUCCACGUGCCGAUGAGCCUCAUCAUCCAGAUGCCGGAGCUUCGGGAGAAUCCGUUCAAAGAGAGGAUCGUGGAGGCCUUUUCUGAGGAUGGCGAGGGAAACCUCACCUUCAACGACUUUGUGGACAUGUUUUCUGUGCUGUGUGAGUCGGCCCCGCGGGAGCUCAAAGCGAACUACGCCUUCAAGAUCUACGACUUCAACACGGACAACUUCAUCUGCAAGGAGGACCUGGAGCUGACCCUGGCCAAGCUCACCAAGUCGGAGCUGGACGAGGACGAGGUGGUGCUCGUGUGCGACAAGGUCAUCGAGGAGGCCGACCUGGAUGGCGACGGCAAGCUGGGCUUCGCGGACUUUGAGGACAUGAUUGCCAAGGCCCCUGACUUUCUCAGCACAUUCCACAUCCGGAUCUGAGGACACUGCGGAGGCUGCAGGGGACUGGAAGCCCACCACCCAUCCAGCCCCACCGUCUAUGUGGCUGUGGUCUCCAGGCUCUCCCAGAAGGGAGCUGUGGCCUCUGGGGUUCACGUUUCCUGUGGCCCUUUCAGCAAAAAACCCUAACCAGGGAAGGGGUGUGUGAGGAGUAGGGCCCCUCUCAGGGCUCCCCGUGGUCCAGCCCCAGGACCCACAGCUCUUCUACAGGCCCUCCCAGCCUCCCCACGCCCUGGUCCUCUCCGGGACGCAGAAAACCUAACAGGAGGUGGUGGGAUCUGACUCCUCCAAGUGCUAGGCAGACACCACAGUCACCCAGGGCAGAGUGGGAAAAAAAAAAGGUCAGAGUUGUAACGAGCUAUGCAAUCUCCCCCACAACUCAAGGCUGGACUGCGCCCCACCCCGCCUGUUUCCCCCUCCCCACCGCCUUCCCGACGUGCAGCCGUGUGAGCAGCGGACACAAGGCUCUGUCCCUGCCUCUGCAUUGCGGUCACGAGCGCCACCUGCCCACGCUCCCCAGUGCCGUGGAAUGUACACUGGUGUGUGCUGUCCACAGAUUUGUGAACUCCUGGUAGUAAAACACUUGCGAG